AUGCCCAAUAUCUGGAGAUGGCGAAUGCCAAAGCAGUGUGGCCUAUUCCUGGUGACGGCGAGUGCCAAAGCAGUGUGCCCUAUUCCAGGCGGCGGCGAGUGGUUCUUCUUCACGUCCCGUGACCUCAAGUACCCAUCAGGGUGCCAAUCCGACCGAUCCACAACCGCUGGGUACUGGAAGGCCACUGGGAAGGGCAAGCCAGUGCACGUGCGGCUCCCCGGCAGCAGCGGUGUUAACGACGGAAAAAGGGUGCAGACAGUCAUAGCGGUUUUGAAAAGAACUCAUGUCUUCUACAUGGGCCGAGCGCCAGGAGGGGACAAGACAGACUGGGUCAUGCACGAGUACCGGCUGGCAGAUGAUUCGCCUGUAGCUGGACCGGCUGCUGCAGCCGCGGCACACGCUACAGCUGCAGAAAGCGAAUCGAACCCAGCAGCUACAGCUGCUACUACCCCCAAAGGGACCUCGGCUGGUGCAGAUGCAGCAGGUGGUACUGCUGUAGGCCGAGCCAGCAGCAGAAAAAGUGAAGCGAUAAACCCAGACACCAGCAAUGCGGCGGAUGGAAGUGGAGAUCCAAGUGGUGGGUCAGGCAGGAACAGCAUCACGAGCAGUCCUAAAGCCAGCAGUCCAAAGUCCGAACCUGGGAGCGGUCGAAGAAUCGGCAGGACGUGGGUGGUUGUGAGAGUGCUCAAGCGAAGCUCCCUGACAGAGGAGGAGCAAGAACUGGUGGUGGCAAAGCAGGCUGUGGUAGCACAGGUGAUGGUGAAAGACCGGAAUGAGAUGGUGGAACAGCAGACGAUGGUGAUGCAGCAGCAGUGUGGGGCUCCUUCACCCAAAGGAAAACCAGAGAGGGACGAAGAGGCACCAGUGGCAGGGCACCACGCGGGUUUAUCAGUGCAUGGCGUGCACUGUAGCGGUGAUUCACCCUCACUAAAUUCUCCGCAGAGUAACUCCCCAUCUACCCUCGCGAGCAGCCUGUCCCCUAACUCCUCUUGGUGCGCAAUGCCUGUGGAUGUGCCGAGCAGCGUUGUGGCAAACCGAGAAGCAGCUGUAGGUGCAAUGAUGCCUGUAGGUCCAGAGGAGGAAGACGCAUCAAUAGUGGCAAAGGUGGCAAAAACAGGAGCAGCAGAGAAAGAAGCAGUCGAAGCAGCUCCAAUGAAGGUAGAAGGAACAGGAGCAGCAGUGGGAGCAGACAAGCAAAGCAGCACCUCAGCAGACAAUCAGCCGAAAAGCAGCAGACCAGCAGGGGAGUUCUUGAAGGGUCCGCUCUGCCCGGAGAACUUGCCAUCUUCCAAGCACUAUCUGUUUGAAUUGAAGCCGCCUGGAAGCGGCAGGAUUGAUGGUGGUGUGGACGGUGGGAAUGGAAUGGGAGAGCAGCAACAAACGGAAGAAGAGCAGCAGAUGCGAAAGGAGCAGAAGAAGCAGAAAAUGGCGGAAAAACUGGACUGGAGGGUAGAACUGGACUGUAGACAAGAGGACGGGCAGAAGGAGCAGGAGAAGGGUGACUGA